GAAUCAACCAGAAUAAUAAAUCUCGAAAACUAUUUAAAAAUAAUAGGUUCAAGAUCAUAAAAUAUCUAAAAAAAUUUUUUAAAAACCUGUUCUCAAAAAUGAAGCGCAAGGAACGUAUUAAUAAUAAAACGGUUUUACCUCAGCUGAAUAAGAAGAGUGUUAUAGAGACUCUAUGUGAAACUUUUGGACCUUGUAAUAUUAACUUAAAGAACAAAAAAAUAUUACAACGCGACAUAGAGGCUCUAAAUGCAGAAACAUACAAAAUGUUAAAGUCUAUUAAAAUCAUUAAAGGUUUACUCAAAUUUCUAGACUUUGCAAAAACUGAUAGAGAAUUACCUAGCAAUAAGAAUGUAACCAGAAAAACAGCUUUCAAAUAUGACAUACAUAAGCUUCACUCUAUUCUCAUAGGAACAUAUAUUACAGAGGAAAAUGUUGAUAAGUUGACUGAAACACAGAAAUGCCAAUUGGACUAUGUAAAGAAUAAUACACAGAGUUUUAUAAAAUCUGCAACUAGAUUUUCUUUAAUAUUAAAUGAUAUAAUUAAUAUUCUAACUACAGUUAACGCAAAUGUCGUCGGGCAAAAUAAUAUGUACGCAAAAGUAGUCAAUGAUACAGUAGCCAAAAGUUAUAGUAAACUAAGCGCUGAGAAAGUAGAGAAUUUCACACGUAUUUCAAGAGAUGCUUUAGGUAACGAAACAAUUAAAACUGGAAAAAUCUAUGUCCAUGAUCACGGUGAUCCAUUCAAUAAGAUAAAAAAAUUAAUAUUAAAAUAUAAUCUAUUACAAAAUAUAUUUAUGAAGAAGAUUUACAAAUUGAUUGGUAGUUUCGAUGAAGUUGAUGUAAAGGCCAUAAAUAAAGUAGUUGGUCACACAACGACUACGGCUUUAAAUGUGUCACAUGAUAGUCUAACAAACAGAACUGAGGCCAUUCGUACUUACUCUAAGAAUGUAAUAAAGAAUCUUCGAAAACUCAAGGAUCUCGCGCGAAGACUGACGUCCAAAAACAGAAAGAAGAGAGAACUGGAAGAUGACGACUCAUUAGAAUAUUUACUGACGUUGAUGGAAUAUUUAUUAAAGCAGAAUCAUCCACUGGACACAUUUCCAGUGAAUGAUGGGAUAGAUCUGUUAAUCGACGCUAUCAAACAGGCUCCACAAAUUAAGUCCGUAGUAGUUAAGAAAGUUCUUGAUGUCACCACCACUGAAUCCAGCAAAAUUAAAUUCUUGACUGAAGUCAACAGCUCAGAAAGUAGCUCUGACAUAAAAUUCUCAAAAGAAAACAUCAAGUUUUCAAAGGAAGAUAUAAAGUUUUCAAAAGAAGACAAUUCAAGUUCGCAAGCUGAGGAAUUUAAAUUGAGGUAUCAUAAGUUCAACCUAAACGGCCAAAGCAUAGAUGACGAAGAAGGCGAAGAUUCAUUUCUUUUGAACAAAAGAGCCAAACCUCAUCCUUCUAUUAACGUACCGGAGUACUAUACAAUACACAAGCCUACAACUCCUGCAAUAAAAGCACUUUUAGAAGGAUCAUUAUCAUUUACGACAGACAUACCAAAGAAACUUACUCCGUCAAUAGUUUUUGCUACUAGCGGCGAAAUAGCAAGACAAGCGGAUUUCGAAAAAGAUGAAAAAAAAGAUAAUAGUUUUAAAUUUGACGUAUUUGACGGUGAUGUUGAAGAGGAACUGGCUUCCAGUUCUACAGUAUCUCCUGAUACUAUCGAGAUGACGGAGGAAUCAAAUCCUGAGUCACCUAUUGUCGACCCUAAAGCAACAAGCUCACCUUCUAGUGUAGAAAAGGAAGACCCUGAGGUAUUUAGAAGGAUUUUCAGAGACAGUAAAACAAAUUUAAUAGGUGAGAAUAUCGAACCCGGUGAUGUUUCAGUCAGUCAGAGUAAAUCUAACUUAGACUGGAUGGAGGAAACGUAUGAAGAAGAAGAAAAAGGGGCAAAUCGGACAGCGGCUGAAAAUACAACUCAAAAUAAAAUUUAUGCUGCAACAGAAGUUGCAGUGCACCGUAGAAAAUUAAAUAGAAAUGAUAAUAUCAGUAAUAUAUCAAAAGACGAAGAACAAAAACGGACAAAACAAAGUGCAGAAGAUCUAAUUUAUAGAAAAGAAAUGAAUCUUUUAAAUUCGUUAGAUUAUGGAACGACUGAGAAAUCGGAAAAACAAGGAUCAAAUUCUAAUGAGAGCACUGAGGACAAAUAUACCGUGGAUACGUUUGACGUUUAUUUUAACUAAAAAUCGUGUGAGCGUCGUCGGAUGAUUGUGUAAACAUAUCGGUUCAUCUUUAUAUGAAAUUUGAACGCUCGGAUUAAGAACGGACAAUCGAUAUGAUGUUAAUUUAAACAAAUUCUUUUUGUUUAAAGUCAAGUAUUGUUAUUGAAGUUUGAGGUAUCUUUUAUACGAAUUAUGUCUGAACAAAUCACUACUGAAUCUAAAAGAAGUAAUUACUAUUACACCAUAUUUAUUAUCAUACUGCACAAAAAUUUACUUCAUAAAAACCUGCUUUCCUAUAAAUAGGCUAAAGGGAUAAUAAUAUUAUCGGAAUUAGAAAACAGUUUUAUAUUGGUUAAUCCAUCAAGCAUGCCAUUAAACAUGCCAAUCCAAGGGACCUUGUUCUUAAACCACAGCAUAUACAUAUUAAGAACAAAACUUUUAAGUAAACAUGGCAAACUUAAAGUUACUUCAAGUCCUUAAGACUUACUAAUAAAUGUGCUCUAUAAACUCUGCUUCAAUUAUUCUUUAGUAAUAAAAUUUCGUAGGUGAAAAAGAGAAGAAUUUCUUCCAUUUUUUAGGAUUCUCCGCCAUGAUACUCUUCUGCACGUUCUUCAUAAUUUCAUACUCUAAGAUACUCGUAUUCUAGAUCUUGUCAAUAUUUAAUAAACUUUUCAAAUCUUCUGAAUUAAAAUAAAUGUCUAAGUGUCUAUUGCAGGAAAUGCCAAAUAAUUUGAGCAUGUUGUUUGUUCUGACCUACUUACUGUAUUCGAUACAGACUGCUGCAGUCCCGCUAUUGAAUUUUGAUGGGGUCAUAAAUCCUGUACUAUUUCAACUUAUGAUUAUGAUACACGGUCACUCUUUUAUACAGGAGCCAUAUAAUCGCGAGACGGUGUUGUAUUGACCAUCAAACUACAGUGUUUAAACUAUUGAAUCCAACUAUGAAUUAACCAAACGAGAGCCAUGAUGUUUCUCUGAAAGAUCGCCGUCACUGACCUUUGCCUUCUUUCAGUAAAAAUGAUAAUAUCAGGAAUUUCUAAUAAUAUUUAUCAAUGCAAAUAAAAAAUACCUUAUUUUAAUUUAAUUUUGAUUUAUUACGGGUAAUGUCCGCUGUAUAAGGUUGCUAGGGCAUCAUCUGCAUUGUCAAAUACUGGUCGUACUUCUCCA